CUACAUAUAUAUUAAAAGAAAAAUUUAUAGAAAUUAUUGAGAGUAAAAAAAAUAAAAAUAAAUAAAUAAAACGCGUGCUUCAUCAUGUUUAUCAAAACUCUACAAUUAUUUAACAAUAGUUUAAACUUCUCCAUCCCGCAAUAUAAGUUGCGUCUGUUGUUACGUUCCUUUACCAGCUUUCAGUAUGGACAUCCCUCGCAACUUACUAGCGCUGUGAAAACCUAUGUGGAAGAUUGCGCUGAUCUUUGCCAACCGGCAAAGAUACACAUCUGUGACGGUAGCAUAGAAGAGAGUACGAUGUUGCAACAGCUUAUGCUAAAGCAAAGAACCAUUAUACCCUUAACUAAAUACGAGAACUGUUGGUUGGCACGCACCAAUCCUGCUGACGUUGCCAGAGUUGAAUCGCGUACUUUUAUAUGCACACGGGAAAAGGAACAAGCCGUUCCGGUUACCUCACAUGACAAACCGGGCAUUUUGGGAAAUUGGAUAUCACCCGAUGAUAUGCACAAAGCUAUUAAGGAACGUUUUCCGGGCUGCAUGAAGAGUCGCAUUAUGUACGUUAUACCAUUUUCAAUGGGUCCGGUCGGUUCACCCUUAUCUAAGAUAGGUGUAGAGAUUACCGAUUCACCUUAUGUAGUGGAGUCAAUGAAAAUAAUGACACGGGCUGGUACAAAAGUUUUAGAGGAAUUGCACCGAACUCAAGGGGAAUUUGUGAAAUGUUUACAUUCGGUGGGUACGCCUAAAACGGGCGGCAUUUCGAUGCCUUCGUGGCCUUGCGAUCCGGAACGUACUAUAAUAUUGCAUAGUCCCGCCAAUAAUGAAAUUAUUUCAUAUGGUUCGGGUUAUGGUGGAAACUCUUUAUUGGGAAAGAAAUGUUUUGCUUUGCGUAUUGGUAGCACAAUCGCCCAGCGCGAAGGAUGGCUAGCUGAGCACAUGCUCAUAUUGGGCAUAACAAAUCCUGAGGGCAGAAAGAUUUAUAUUGCGGCAGCUUUCCCUUCAGCUUGCGGUAAAACCAAUUUAGCAAUGAUGACACCCACGCUACCAGGCUAUAAGGUGGAGUGUGUGGGCGAUGAUAUAGCCUGGAUGAAAUUCGAUAAUAAUGGAGUUUUAAGAGCCAUUAAUCCCGAAAAUGGUUUCUUUGGCGUAGCUCCAGGCACAUCGGUAUCCACGAAUCCAAUAGCCAUGAAAACUAUAUUUCGCAAUUCCGUGUUUACAAAUGUUGCCUCUACGUCGGAAGGAGGUGUAUUUUGGGAGGGCAUGAGCAAGGACUUGCACAAGGGUUUAACAAUAACCGAUUGGCUUGGCAAGCCUUGGUCCCCAGAUUCGGGUAAAUUGGCUGCUCAUCCCAAUUCACGUUUCUGUACACCGGCUACUCAGUGCCCCAUUAUCGAUCCAUCUUGGGAAGAUCCGGAGGGCGUGCCUAUCAGUGCUAUACUCUUUGGCGGUCGAAGACCGGUCGGUGUUCCUUUAGUCUAUGAAGCUUAUAAUUGGGAUCAUGGCGUUUUUAUGGGUGCCGCUAUGCGCAGUGAAGCUACCGCUGCUGCCGAACACAAAGCCAAAGUGAUAAUGCACGAUCCGUUCGCUAUGCGUCCCUUCUUUGGUUACAAUUUCGGUGAUUACCUAAGCCAUUGGCUAAGCAUGAAAUCACGCGGUAAAGUACCAAAAAUUUUCCAUGUCAAUUGGUUCCGGAAAAACGCAGACGGUCAAUUCCUUUGGCCCGGUUUUGGCGAAAAUUCUCGCGUACUCGAUUGGAUCUUUCGUCGUGUUGAAGGCGAACCUUGCUAUAAAGAUUCGCCCAUUGGUUUAUUACCAAGCGAUAAUUCAUUAAAUAUGGACGGUUUGAAAGGAAACGUUGAACUAGAACAAUUAUUUGAUAUACCAAAAGAUUUCUGGCAACAAGAAAUUAAAGAAAUUGAAGAAUUUUUCAGUAUACAAGUUGGAAAGCAUUUACCUCAACCGAUAGCCAAUGAAUUGCAAGGCUUAAAGGACCGCAUUAAGAAAAUAUGAGAAAAGGAUAUAGAUUAAAAGAAAAUUUCAGACUGAUUUUUAUUAUUGUAAGCGUGAAUGUAUAGAUAUUUUGUGUAAGCGUAUUGUAAUAAAUUUUCCUUUAAUUAAAAUGUAUUUAAGUGUGAAUGUCUGGCUUUUAAUGUUUUUCUUCC